GAAGUUCUGGUUUGAUCUUAGAGAAAUGUGGCUGGAUCAGGGCAGGUAUACAGGAACUUACUUGUCUGCACCGUGAAAGCACUGACAGAUGCAUCAGAUGCAGACAGAGGGCAAUGCUGCAGGCCUGCAGAAAGAGGGAUGAUCAUCAACCCCGGUGAUUUGUGAGCUAACCCGAUAAGAUGCCAUUGUUUAGGUAACAGGCUGACGAACAUGGACAGCGCGGCGUGCUGCAUCACUCACAGGCACACUUCAUCGACAUAACAAACCGUAUCACAGCCACCUGGAUCUCCUCUUUUUACACCCACCUUUCAAAAACCAGCCGGAUCAUAAAGAUGCAGAAUGCUAAAGGACACGCCAGAUAGAGAUCCUCGGCUUGCGGGAACGUAGCUUCAUCUGUGUUUUUUAAGUCAGCCCAGGUUACAUUAUGAGGGAGCCAGAACCUCUCGUUCCAAAACCACGCCAAAAUACCGGCCAUCUCCCUGCAGCAGACACUGAGACCGGGUCGGAAGAGAAGUCGAUGUCCCCACGGUGUCCCGGAGGUCUCUCACAGGCGAUCUGAGCGUGCACACUCGGCUGAUGAUGAGAUAUCCGUGCUAGAUCUCUGUCCGUCCGUUUCCCCUCAGCUAUUCCAGUGUAGGGAAGUAGACUCAAUCAGCUCCUCCGCGACUGAUUGGUGCGUUGAAAUGUCAUGCAAUACAGUCAGUGUGCGUUACACCGGCGUAACCAAGCGCAGAAUCAUCAUCUUCAUCAUCAUGGCGGAUCAAGGCGAAUCUCCGGCUCCUGUUCACCACCCGCAACCAGCGCUGACAACCAGCUGGCCAAUUACCAGGGAGUCGUACGAGCUGCAGGAAGUCAUAGGCAGCGGGGCCACAGCUGUGGUACAGGCAGCCCUCUGUACCCCCAGACAGGAGCGCGUCGCCAUAAAGAGAAUAAACCUGGAGAAAUGCCAGACCAGCAUGGAUGAGCUAUUGAAAGAAAUCCAAGCAAUGAGCCAGUGUUACCAUCCCAAUGUUGUCACCUACUACACCUCUUUUGUAGUGAAGGAUGAACUUUGGUUAGUCAUGAAGCUUCUGAGUGGAGGCUCUAUGCUGGAUAUCAUAAAGCACACAAACAAAGACGACGACAAAAAUCGAUCACUAGAUGAGCCCAUUAUUGCAACGAUUCUAAAAGAAGUCCUGGAGGGGCUGGACUACCUGCACAGAAAUGGACAGAUUCACAGGGAUGUGAAAGCUGGGAACAUACUACUUGGAGAAGAUGGAUCUGUGCAGAUUGCAGAUUUUGGUGUAAGCGCAUUUCUAGCCACAGGGGGAGAUAUGACAAGAAACAAAGUAAGGAAAACCUUUGUGGGUACGCCAUGCUGGAUGGCACCAGAGGUGAUGGAACAAGUCCGAGGCUAUGAUUUCAAAGCAGAUAUAUGGAGUUUUGGAAUUACAGCCAUUGAGUUAGCAACAGGAUCAGCACCAUAUCACCGCUACCCUCCUAUGAAGGUUUUAAUGCUUACUCUACAGAAUGAUCCACCAUCUCUAGAGACAGGUGUAGAGGACAAAGAAGCGCUAAAAAAGUAUGGCAAAUCAUUCAGAAAGCUAAUAACUAUGUGCCUUCAGAAGGAUCCUGCCAAAAGGCCUACAGCUGCAGAGCUUUUAAAGUGUAAAUUCUUCCAAAAGGCCAAGAACAGAGAAUAUUUGGUUGAAAAGCUUUUGAGUCGUGCACCAAAGAUUUCCCAGAGAGCGAAGAAGGUGAGGAGAGUCCCAGGCUCCAGUGGUCACCUCCACAAGACAGAGGAUGGAGACUGGGAGUGGAGCGAUGACGAGCUGGAUGAAGGCAGUGAGGAGGGCAAGGCGGCAGUAAAUCAGGGCAGGUCACGAAGGGUCAAAGAUGAGGCCAAAGAUAAUGAGGAGAAUGCCAACAAUGUCCCCAUUGAAGGCUUGUCUAUUCAGCAUCCCCAGGUUGAACCAUACGAGGAUGGACCCUACAUUCCAGGUGCUGUGAACAUGGUACUACGGCUAAGGAACACCAGAAAGGAGCUGAAUGAUAUCCGGUUUGAAUUCACUCCUGGAAGAGACACAGCUGAAGGCGUUUCCCAGGAACUGUUCUCCGCCGGCCUGGUCCAUGGGCACGAUGUUGUUAUUGUUGCUGCUAACCUUCAGAAGAUUGUAGAUGACCCAACUACCUACAAAGUGUUGACCUUUAAGCUGGCUUCCAGCUGCGACGACACAGAGAUCCCAGACGAGGUGAAGCUGAUCGGCUUUGCACAGCUGAGUGUUAGCUGAUGUUCUCUUCAUGCCUGAAGCAGGUGAGACGUGGGAGAGAGAGAGAGAGAGAGAGAGAGAGAGACAGUUCAGGGCAGACAGACAGACUGAGGAACACAGCAACACUUCCUGCAUCUUCUCUCCCAACACACUCCUUAAAGACCCCCUCCUCCUCCUCCUGCUUCACUCCCUCUCACCUCUGCUGAUGCCAAGCUCUGCCACCGCCCCCCCCCCCCCUCCUCCUUAAUGCUCCCUGUCCCCCUGACCUUUGACCUUACCAACAUUCCACUGCCCAGCGCACAAACAGGGAUCAGGAUAAAGCCCAGGAACCUAAAGAUGUACUCAGGUGGAGACAUGAGAUGAUUAAGAUGUAGCUUUGAAUGUUAUAUUUAUUUUUUUUCUCUUUCUCAUUUUUGUUCUUACACUUUAUCUUUGACUUUUCUUCACUUUGCUAUACCAAAAUUUUCAUUAUUUAUGAAAUGAUAAGGUGUUUUAUUUUGUUGCCAGAUUGAAAACACAUUUUCUUUUUCUCACCUCUCACAAACUCACUCAUCUGUGAUGUUUCCCUGAGGUCUUUGUCAGAAUGUAAGAUUUACUUAAUUCAUGGAAAAAAGCACAUUUUCAUAACAUGAUGAAUGUCUAAAACCAGACUGAAUUUUAUUUCUGUGUCAACAACCUGUUUAACAUGGACCAGAAGGGGACCAUUAGCUUUGAUUGUGCAGAAAAAAAGAGACCAGGAUGCUACUGUGUAUAAUUUGCUGCUCUUGACCGUGCUAAUGCUUCAAAAAGUUAGAGGUGCCUUGUUCAUUUCUCUGUGCCUAAGAAAGUAGUGAAUGAGCGAGACCACAUAAAGAGCAGAACCUGCUGAAGACCAUUUCACAAAUGUAUUACCCCCCAGCAACGACACAAUUUAAGUAUGUUAACUCAAAGAGACAAGCUACAAUGCACUUUUGGGCUGAGUGUGCGCACACGGCAAGCAGAUGCUUAGCCCCCUGGAGACAAUGAUAAAACAUAACACAACCUGUAAUCCUGUAAUUUGCUCUGGUUGUACUCAGAUGCCAGGUUAAUAUUCAAAAACAACAACAGUUUCAUUUUUUCGCUCUGUCCUGCUGCACUACAAAACCUUUUGUUUCCAAAAAUUACGAUAGUUUCUAAAAUGUACUGUAUGACAAUGCAUCUGAGGAUGAAACCAAAAGGCAACUAUUGAAAGAGUGACGAGCCAUCUGUUUGUCCAAACAAGUCCAGUAGCUCUUAAUUAUUUUCAAGUAUUGAGAUGAGAAAUAUUAACUUCUAAUAAAUUCUUUAUUAUGAAGUAAUUUAUUGUGUUUUGUUUAUGUACAGUAUGUGAACCAUUUCAGCAUAUUAUCCCCUGUUCCCCUUGUAAUCAGCUGAUGUCAAAUUUAUGAUGAGGAGCAACAAUAAAGAAUUGCUAUUAUUUAAAA